AGCCGCAUUUUAAAGGGAAAGCGAGACGGCCUCAUGGCAUAACACUACGGCUCGGGCAAAACCUCCGUUGGUGGGGUGGGAUUAUGCUACGCUGCAGCGCAAAAAUGGUGGCGCUUCUCCCCAAUUCCCGCAUCGUCGCCUCCCACGGCCUCGGCCUUCCUCGCAUUCCCUUCGCCCGAUUCCGCAACUUGCAUCGUUUCGCUUCGGAUUGCGGUAGGAAGAGGCUUCCUGGUGCCCGCUAUCCGCUCGGCCCCUUGUUUUCCUUCACGAAUCCCCCCUCUUCCGUGGGGUUUGGAGGUGUGGUUCGUCUUUUGUCGUCCGGAUUUGAGCCGAAGGGUUUCGAUUCCCUGCGGCUUCGAGCCGCUUCUGAUGGUGGUUCUGGCGGUCCCAACGGUGGUGAUGGUGGCUCCGGCGGUGGAGGUGGAGACGAGAGCGGUGGUGGGAAUGAUCGGUUCUUUUUGUCGUGGUACUUGAUGGCACUUGAUAAAUAUCCAGUGAUAACUAAAGCUAUUACAUCUGCACUUCUAACUCUUAUUGGAGAUUUAAUUUGCCAGCUAUUGGUUGAUCAGGUAACCAAGUUGGAUUUAAGGCGAACAUUUGUGUUUACUUUCUUGGGACUUGUGCUAGUGGGUCCCACAUUGCAUUUCUGGUACUUGUAUCUCUCUAAGUUGGUCACAUUUCCUGGAGCAUCAGGUGCAUUCUUGCGCCUUAUCCUUGACCAGUUUGUCUUCUCUCCCAUCUUCAUAGGAGUCUUUCUUAGCUCAGUUAUUGCCUUGGAAGGAAGGCCUUCUCAAAUAAAGCAGAAGCUUCAACAGGAGUGGUUUUCAGCAGUGCUAGCAAAUUGGCAAUUGUGGAUACCCUUCCAAUUUCUUAACUUUCGGUUUGUUCCUCAGAAGUUUCAGGUUCUAGCUGCGAACUUUGUCGCUCUUGCAUGGAAUGUGAUUCUCUCAUUUAAAGCCCAUAAAGAAAUUGUGCUGAAAUAGAACAAACAGAUAAUGAUUGUAACCUUUGUCAUGGAAUACUACAGCUGGCUAAGUCAACAUUUGCUCGCACCAAUCUCAGCAACCAGUUGCAUGUUUUCAGAAAUAAUGCAGCCAAGUAAAGGUUUAUUUGCGAGCAGUUAGCAUUUGACCAGUUUUAGUUUGUUUCUUUUAUGUAAGUCUAGAGGAAACAUGCGCUAUUUUAGGACGUUUGUCUUGUUGCUUUAAUUGAGGUUGCAUUUCUCAUUAAAACUUCCAGAAAGCUAAAAGAUUUGUGGUUUUUAUGAGCUUUUCAUGUUUUAGCUCCUUUAUGGGACUAAUCUUUGCAGCUUUCCUUUAUUAUUAUUAUGAUUAGAAUUCUAA